AUGGUCGUCCCUCAUUUCGGUGAAUAUAUCGCCUUCAAGCUCGACCCAGUUGCUUCCCUCAAAUAUCUCAAGGAUCUGGAGGUCACCAAAGCCUGCGAAGCCUUAAAGAGCAAAGUUUAUGUUGCAUGCGUCACCCAUCCAAAUCGUUUCAUACUGCCGGACAUGGCUGUUCCGAUUACGCCGAACGAUACCAAUCCACUUUCGCGACCGCUGCUGAACCCUACGCUGCCUCUCCCCUGGCCAGACUGCUACCACCCUACCUUGACUAUGAUGCAUUGCCGUGUUCGAAACGACCUUACUAUUGGGGACCCAUGGUCCGAUCCUAAAUAUCAAUUAAAACACGAAGAUCGGCUUCUGGAGAUCUACCACUUCCAGGAUGCGGCGCGUAGGGAUACACUCCAGAAGGAACAAGAAGCAUUAUGCGUUUCUGAUGCUGCUGGAGACGUUUCCGACAACCAGAUAGACGAGCGCCAAGCAUCUACAGCCAUUUUACCUCUUCCAUCGGAGCACGACGCUGAUCUUGAAAGCUAUGGAACUCUACCGAUUGUCUCCAAAGGUUCUUUCAAGCUAUCAUCUUUUCUUUGCCCGUUACGCGGCAAGGUCCUACGAUGGGUACCGUGUUUGCGCCCAAACCUCGAUCGUUACAACAGAGACUUCUCCGAUGACCCUCUCCAAGGUUUCAAUUUAUUCGGUGCCAUUCCUCCGGAUACCAUGCCAGUCAUAGAGGCAAUAGAUAAUAUAGAUUCAGUGAAACAGGUCAACGACCCAUGGGACUUCUUUCGAGAGCUCGACGCUUUGAAAAGGAUUGAAGCAGAUUAUCAGGAGCGAAUGGAAGUCAAAGUUCAAGCUGACAUUGAACGUGCGCGUCAAAAAGAUGAAGCACUCCAUGCUCGACUGGAGUCAAGAAUGCCAAAACAUGAGCCCUCGCCCACGGAGACGAUAGCGAUAUCCGUUUCUAUGAUGGAAGCAUCCUUGGUUACUUUGCCUCCACCCUUCGAGCAGGAUGUGGAAAGCCAAUACCGCCAGUCACUCAGUGAAGCUGCAAGCCAGGUAUCUCGCUCAGCCUGCAAAGUCGAAAGUCAGGGAUCUUGUUUGACUGGCGACGCUCAAAGCCAACAUCCCGGAUCAGUCAACGAGGCAAGCCAAGCUUGUGCUACUACUUUCCUUCGCUCUGUCCUCUCCAAGCUCCUUCCAUGUAUACCAUGGCUACGGGUGGAUAUCUAUGAUCAUGACGAGGUUGCCUUAAUAUCUCCUUCCAAUCCAAUCUGGUCCCACCCUGUAUUUGGUGUACGUCCUCCCGAUACCAUGCCCAUUGUGGUUCUGCUGGAUGACAUUGAGGCGAUAAAACCCGAACAGAUCGAUGAUCCAUGGGAUUUCUUUCUGGAACUCGAGACUUUGAAAAGGAUCGAGGAAGAUUACAACGAGCGAGUCAAGGCAAAAACUCAAGCUGCAAUUGACCGUGCACAUCAAAGGGAUGAAGAGCUCAAUGCUCGGCUUCAAUCAAAAAUGCCACAACGCGUCUCUCCGCCGGCGGCGACGGUAACGCCACCCUUCGUAUCUGGUUCACAAGACCCAAAGUCCUCCGCUGAUGCUUGA